UGAAAGCUCCAUGAGCGUAGCCUAAACUAUUUAGCUUAUUCGACGUACAGACCUCUCUUUCGCGUCAUAUGUUGUUAUUGUAUCCUUCCGCUGCAGUCGUACUAGGAAAGAAUCCGAGCAAAACAACAGUCUUGACCCGUGUGCCAUCGAAUUGUUACUUGAGGAACCCAAAUCGGAUAUCUUAGAUCGACUCCCUGUCAUUCGUUUGACAAUGAAGUUCCAAUACAAAGAGGAACAUCCAUUUGAAAAGAGACGGUCUGAGGGCGAGAAAAUAAGGAAGAAGUAUCCGGACAGGGUGCCUGUAAUUGUGGAAAAAGCCCCCAAAGCAAGGAUAGGAGAUUUGGACAAGAAGAAGUACCUCGUGCCCUCUGACCUCACAGUGGGCCAGUUCUACUUCCUCAUCCGAAAACGAAUCCACCUGCGGGCAGAGGACGCCUUAUUCUUCUUUGUAAACAACGUCAUUCCACCCACCUCCGCCACCAUGGGCCUGCUAUACCAGGAGCACCAUGAAGAGGACUUUUUCCUCUACAUUGCCUACAGUGAUGAGAGUGUCUAUGGAGACAACCAAACAGAAAUCUGAACCUCCUCCCUUCCUCAACCAAGUCCUCCCCCCCCAAACCACACCCUGUGUCUAUUCAAAUGUUAUAUCCAGCUCAGCAGCCUGGAGUUCCCAGAGCAAAGAUGUCAGAUGCACUUUCACUCCCCCUCCUGUUAUCCCUCUGUUUUCACCCCUUUUAGUACUAUUCCUACAGUGUGAAUUUUAUUUGCCUCCAGGUCUUCGAGAUAGGGAUUUCGGUUGAAUGGUCCCGUAAGCCAGUUUUCAUAGUGCUUUGAUCAUGCUGAAACAGAGAACAGAUGCCAUUUUGAAAUGACUGUUAGAAUUGGGCAAUGUUACCAGUUAUUCUAAAGAUGAGGGGUAAGAAAAGAGGUAGCCUUUGGAUCUACCGUGAUAGGUUAAAUUCUGCUCCAUUUGGCAAUGAAAAAAUUUAACGUGUUUAUUAAUGUAGUGUGCUGGUAAGAUACUUUGAAGACGUAGUGUAUUUGACAUCUGACUGGAGUAGAAUAGAAUUCAAACUGAACAAUCAUCCUCCCUCUGCUUUGUGGUUAAAAAAUAUAUUAUUUUGAUUAUUGUACUUUAUUUUUUGAUUUCUGAGGUAUUGUAAAGCAAUUUUUUGUUUCCUUUUUUAAAGUUGGAACUCGUUAUACAGCUGCGUUACUGGCGCCUCUCCACUCAUGAUCAUACAUGAUAAAAUGUGACAAAAAGCUAACUCUGUUUCCUGUCUGUUCUUAACUGUCAGUCUUUUGCCUUAAUUCUUUGUGUAUUUUUGCUGUAUGUGAACAUAUUGAAAUGGUUUCUGUGACCAUAGUCUUGAGAGAGAGCCUGAAUAAAGAACAUACAUUUAUAUUC